GGUUCUUCUUGCGUGCGCGUACGCAUUUAUACACACAAACGGCAGAGCUAGCUAGCAGAGUCAGUGCUGUAGUCUGUAGAGAAGUAGCUCGUGAAUAGCUAUAGACGACGGACGGGGAAAGUCUCUGAGCCGUUGGAAAGAGACGUCUAGAAGCCACAAAAACUUGUUUCGGUCAGCAGUGCGUAACGGCUUGUCUAUGCGAAUUUCUGCUGGAGUCGGACCGCAUCUGGCGAGUCAAAGCGUUGUUCCUUGUACUGGCUGGAGCCGAUACAGUGUUUCUAGAGCGUCUGGAGAGUCGUCGAAGACGUCAAAAUACGAGCCAGGAGCACCCGAGGCCACUUGAUACAAAAGACACCGUUCCGUGGAAAAGCCACCGUUCAUCAGAGAGACGGUUUUCAAGGGUAGCAUAGAGAAGAAAAAAGCGCCGCCAUGGAGUACGCCCCGUUCGAGUUGGAGCAUCCGAACGACCCGCGGUCUCGGUCCAGCACCUGGCCGCUACCGGACCCCAACCAGCAAGCGGUGGUCGCCGACUCCCCCGAGCGGGUGGUGAUAAAGACGGAGCGACAGGAUUCAGAGUCCCCCCUCCCUCUGACGCCCAAGUCCGAACCCAAGAAGAUGAGAAACGCUUGGGGAAACCUCUCGUACGCGGAGCUCAUAACGCAAGCCAUUCUCUCUUCUCCCGACAAACGGCUGACGCUCUCGGAAAUCUACGACUGGAUAGUGCAAAACGUCCCAUACUUUGCUGAUAAGGCUAACAGUCCCUCCACGGCAGGUUGGAAGAAUUCCGUUCGACACAACUUGUCACUGCACAGUCGGUUCAAUAAAGUACAAAAUGAGAGCUCGGGGAAGAGCAGCUGGUGGACGGUCGAUCUUGAUGCGAAAUCCAGUCGAACCAGUCGCCGAAACCGGUCUCAGUCCGUCGACAACGGCAACACCCCCUCGCCAAAGACGCCAAGAAAGAAGAAAGAACGGAAAAUCAAACGAGUGAAAGGAGGGACAUCCCCAAACGAUCUCAGCCCAUGUGACAGUCCCACAACCUCUUCCCCGCAUCUCCAAGCACCGUGGAGCCCGAACCCAUCCUGCCCCUCUCCCGCGCCGUCGGGCUCUGACCUCUCUCCCUGUUACUCCCCCGUACUCCAGUCCCCUGUACUCCAGCGGAGUAGCCGCAACGUUACCCCAGUCUCCCCACUCGUCUCUCCGCCAGCCCUCGAUCAACAGGGGGCAAUCGUGUUCAGUGGGAGUAACUCUUCCCUUCUGGACGACGUCCAACUUCCAGAAAACAGCCUGGAUUCCCCCGUCUGCCUCGAUAUGUUCUCUCAACUCAACCUCUCGACACGAAGAGAAGGCAUGGGGUCAUCUUCCUCUCUCUCCUCACUCAACUCGCCCCGAUUCGCACCCAUCGCUAAGAGCCCCCACCCCAUUUUCACGUUCAACAAUCCUCCCGUGGAUUCGUCCGGGUAUUCCAGCAGCACCUGUUUCUCAGACACGGACAACGUCGAGUCUGUCGCGGCGGCCGCAGCGGCUGCGGCAGUUGCAGGCUCAGGUGUCGGUCCAAACUCUCUACCUCCCAACGCACACUCAUCUGUUUCGACUUCACUCCCCGUCCACCCGCCCUCGUACGAGGAGCACGUGACGCUACAGCACAACCCGCGGCAGGUCCCGGCACCGCAGGCCCCACCUCCACGCCCCACAUAA